AUGACGCACGGGCACGGGCUCGCCCGGCCCGCGCGCUGCCCGCGCGCUCCCCCCUCGGUGGACGUUAGGGCGCGGGCUGCUGGACCGCACGCUGCGCGCGGGGCGAAGAUCGGCACGCGUCGUGCUGGGCAAGGGAUCUCCCAGCCCCACCCCGGGGCGAUGCGCUGUCGCGCGGAGCCCCCUCGCCCGCUGGCCAGCGCGGCCUCCCUCCCGCUCGACGGGCGGCGCAUCGCGGUGACGUCCCCGCGGCAGUACGCGGGCGGGCUCUCGCAGCGUCUCGUGGACGCCGGCGCGCGCCCCAUCUGGACGCCGACCAUCGAGAUCCGCGGGCUCACCGAGCGCGGCGCGGUCGAGGAGCUCGACGGCGGCGCGCGGGCGCUGCUGAGCGGGGCGUACACGCACGUCCUGUUCAGUUCCAAGAACGGCGUCUACGCGCUGAUGGCGCACCUGGAGGACCUCUGCGGGACGCCGGAGGCGGCCGCGCGGGCGCUGUCGGCGUCCGCGUCCGUGUGGGCGCUCGGCGCGGACGGCGAGGUGGCGCGAGCGCUGGGCGUGGAGCCGUGCGAGGUGCCCCCCGAGGCGUCGACGCAGGGGCUGGUGCGGGAGCUGGUGGCGCGCGGCGAGGCGGACGGGGCGCGGGCGCUCGUGCCGGUGCCGACGGUGGCCGGGGGGCUGCGGGAGCCGCCGGUGGUGCCGCGGUUCAUGGCGGCGCUCGAGGCGGCGGGCGUGCACGCGCACAGGGUCCCGGCGUACGAGACGGUGCUGGCGGACGCGGGCGACUGCGCGGUGGAGCUGAGGAUGCUCGAGGAGGGCGACGUCGCCGCGGUCGUGUUCACGUCCACCGCCGAGGCCCAGGGGCUCGCGGCUCACUUUGGGGGCGCCGCGGCUGCGGCGCGCGCGCUGGAGCGGGGCGGGGUCGUGAUCGCGGCGCACGGACCGUACACUGCGCGUGGGGUGCGCGAAACGCUGGGCCUGGACGUUCCGGUGGUCGGCGUGGACUACAGCAGCUUUCAGGGGGUGACGGACGCGCUGUGCGCGCACUUCGCCCCGCCGUCGUGA